AAAAAGACAGAUUCGACUUACUGGCGUUCCAUUGAGACUAAAAACAAUGGAAAACAAGGGAUAUGUCAGUGAUGAACCUAACCCAACAGAUACUAAAUCUUCAUCUAUAGAAUUUGAUGAUAAUUUAACUACGACCGAAGUGAAACGUGAUCAAUGGGGCAAGGAUAUUGAAUUCCUCCUCUCGUGUAUAGCUCUCUCUGUUGGAUUGGGAAAUGUUUGGCGUUUUCCAUUUGUUGCACUCGAAAAUGGUGCUGCAGCUUUUUUAAUACCUUACCUUAUAGUAUUAUUUUUAGUUGGGAAACCAAUUUAUUACAUGGAAAUGCUGUUGGGACAGUUUUCAUGUAGAGGUAGUGUGAAACUAUAUGAUUUUGCACCAAUUAUGAGAGGAGUUGGAUUUGGGCAGGUUGUAUCGGUUAGUAUCCUGGCCACAUAUUAUUCGAGUCUGAUGGCUCUGACAUUUCGUUACCUUAUUGCCUCAUUCUCAUCGGUUCUGCCGUGGAGUUAUUGUCGUGAGGAAUAUGGAGAUGCUUGUAUAAGUUCAGGAUUCAAGGGAAAUAUAACUGGCGAAGGAAAGAAAUAUCCUUCUGCACAGUUCUACUUUACCCAAGUGGUUUUGAAAGAAAAGGAGAAUAUUGAUGAUGGAAUUGGUAUGCCAAGUUGGGAACUAUCGCUUUGUCUGCUCUUUACGUGGAUAAUGAUUGCAGUUAUAAUUAUCAAAGGAGUGCGUAGUUCAGGAAAAGCUUCCUAUUUCUUGGCCAUUUUUCCGUAUGUGGUCAUGUUUAUUCUUCUUAUUCGUGCCAUGACACUACCAGGAGCUGGAAAGGGAGUCAUGUUCUUUAUAACUCCACAAUGGGAUAUGCUGUUCAAGGCUAAGGUGUGGUAUGCGGCAACAACACAGGUUUUCUUCUCUUUGGCUGUUUGCUUUGGCAAUAUUGUUAUUUAUUCUUCGUACAAUAAAUUUGACCAUAAUGUUUACAAAGAUUCGAAUGUUGUAACAACUUUGGAUACAUUUACAUCAAUGCUGUCCGGAAUUAUUAUAUUUGGAAUUUUGGGCAAUCUCGCACAUGAAACUCAAACAGAUGACAUUGCCAAUGUAGUUAGAGGAGGAACAGGUCUGGCUUUUAUUUCCUAUCCGGAUGCGAUAUCAAAGUUUACUACGGUGCCACAGCUCUUUUCAGUACUCUUCUUCUUGAUGCUUUUCGUUCUUGGGCUUGGAAGCAAUGUCGGAAUAGUGUCUUGCAUCCUAACGGUGGUCAAAGAUGAAUUCCCAAAUGCCCAACAAUGGGUCAUUGUUGUGAUUAUUUCUAUUUGUGGUUUUUGCAUUGCAUUAGUCUACGUAACCCCUGGAGGACAGUUUAUCCUUAACUUAUUAGACUUCUAUGGAGUAACCUUCAUCAUUCUCUGUUUAGCUAUCGUGCAACUGAUUGCUGUGGGUUGGAUUUACGGUGUUAAAAGAUUCUGUGCUGAUAUUGAGUUUAUGCUUAAACGCAAAACAAGCUUAUAUUAUAGACUAUGCUGGGGAGUUAUUACUCCAGCAUUUAUGGCUACAGUUUUGAUUUAUACUUUAGUUAAAUAUGAACCAGUUAAAUACAAUGGAUAUAGUUUCACAGGCGGACUUGAAAUUUUUGGCUGGUGUGUUUCUGCAUUUGGAAUUUCUCAAGUUCUUUUCUGGGGCAUUAAUGGUUAUUUUCAAACACCAAAAGGGCCUUCGAGAUUUUUAAGAUCAUUUAAGCCUAAAAAUGAUUGGGGUCCAGCAGAUAGAAAAUUAUUGAAGUUGUACCAAAAUGAUCUCAUUGAACGAAAACAAAAGGAACCGCUGAUAAAAAAUUGUUUUUAUCGGAUUUGGGAUAAUAUAUUUGGAUGAGAGAUUAUUUUUAAUUAAAAAGAAAUAGUAAAUUAUUGACUUUGGUGACUA